UCCAUUACUACCUACAAAGUGGCUCGGGUCUGGAGUCCGGACUCAGUAGUGGGAGCUGGGAGUCUGGCAGCCAAACAGUAAACACCUUUGUACGUUUUUUGAAAGAAGGCGCCGCGACAACUGGGCACUAAAACCUUUUUUCUCCUACUGCUUCGUGAUGGCUUCGAGGUCAGAUAUGCGAAAUGAGCAAUACGAAGCUCAGUUUUUUGAAUUCUCGCCGUCUUCGUUUCUGGAAGGAGUAAAGGGAAUUAUCCUUGAUCGACUGUGUGAGGCAGUGGAUCACCUUGAGAGCCACCUAUCCAAGGUCCAGGGAGAGGGUCUGCCACAUGAAGAAGUUCAGCAGGGUAUUAACCUACUUCGUCAGCAGACAGACACCAAUUUUACUAAGACAUUUCAGAAAUUUGAGUCACACAUCUUGGAGAGCAUAAUGAAUGUGCCCCCUCACAUUCUUUUACCAACUGAUAUGGAACAAGCUACUCAACCAUCAACUUCAGAAAUUAUUAAAGUGAAUACAGAAAUUGAAAAAUUGCACAUGGAAUUAAAAAAUGAGAAAUACUUGCACGCCAAGCUGGAAGAGGAGCUCCAGGAUAUUGAUUUGGUCUUAGGAGAACAGCAGAAGGUCCUCAAUGAUACUCUAAGUGAAUCUCGCAUGGCUAACUUUGAAGAAGCAAAAGAAAAGCUAGUGUUAAUCCAGGGCAUUGAGAGUGAAACCCAUUCAGCAGGUGCAAGAGUUCAAGAAGUUACUAAACUUCUAAAAAUGGAAGGUGCUAACAGUCCACUCCAGAUUUUGGAAACAGACGUUUUCAAAUGAUUUACUGAAAUUCACUGUUUCAGGUAUUAGGCUGUCGUUAUGGAAGGAAGCAAUUGCAUGAGACUAGUGAGAGUAAUGUACCAGUAGGGUGUAUUGUACAUCAAAGUGGCUAUAUCUUCUCUGUCAUCACACUUUCACAGCAGCUCCUCUUUGUUGCCCAAUAAGCAAAUCAUGUUUUUAUGUUUUCACUAUCGAUACUAUGUGGCACAUAGUGUUAUCCAUAUUAGUCAGUACGGAUUUUUUAUUUUUUUUUAAUAACUAGAAACUGGGCCAAUAAACCAAAAUGAAAGUUUGUGUACAGCCUUAAGUGGUUGAUAUCUACUGUAUUGAGUUUGAUAAUCAGUGCUUUUUAUACUGCAUAUUUACCACAAUUAAGUCACCUUUUCAGCUUAGAAUUUUUGAUAAGGGCAUUGAUCGCACUCAGCCAUUUCAUUAUCCAAUACUGUACUGUGCUUGCCAUAAUCAUGCCAUUGUAUCAUUUUCUUCCUCUGUUUUCCUGCUUGUAACAAUUGCUAAGACAACCCUCAUUUUACUAGUGCUUGUAUCUCAAGUGUAUGUGCAUGGUUUCACUCAUCUGAUUGCUAAACUAACAAGUAAAAUUAAAAAAAAAAUAAAAAUGUUUGCAUAGUCUUAUUUGUGUUGUAUACAGUAGGUGGUUAUUGGCAGAUAUAUCAAGAAAAUACAGAAUUCUAUAUUAUAAGCACCUGUCAAAUCCUGAAAGUCCUGAAAGGAAAGUCAUCAGAAAUAUAAAUUGAUACAUGUACAGUAUAUAGAUGAAAUAAAAAAAAACUAUAUUGUA